AUGGCCGCCGAACAAGCAAGAGAGGUCGUUGAAAACGCCGUGCAGGCUGUGGCCCAAGGCGUGGAACAACUCACAACAGGAGAGGGGAGUCAAGUCAACUUGAUCCUCGAUGAAGUUACCGGCGAACGUGUGUCCAAGACGGAGUUGAAGAAGCGUCAGAAGCAGCGCGAAAAGGAGAAGCAGAAGGCUGAACGCGAAGCAACCAGGCAAGCGCCGCCUCAGCCGAAGAGGAAGGCCGCAGAAGAAGAUGAGGAGAAACUCAAUGCCAAUCAAUAUUUCGAGAUUCGUUCUCGUGCAAUCAAGCGCAUGAAGGAGACAGGAAACCCACACCCUUACCCACACAAGUUCCAUGUCACCUAUGAUCUUCGCAAUUUCGAGAAAGAGUUCGGUCAUCUCGCCAAGGGAGAGCUUGUUAAGGAUAAGGUCAUCAGCGUGGGAUGCCGCAUCUACAACAUUCGUACAUCAGGAGAGAACCUGCGAUUCUAUGAGGUUGCAGUCGAUGGCGCUGAGAUUCAGAUCAUGGCACAGAACCUGGAGAGCACCAGCAAAGUUCCUUUCGCAGACCAGCAUGAUCAUCUACGACGUGGAGACAUCAUCGGUGUCACCGGAUACCCGGGAAGGACUAGCCCGAAGAGAGCAGACAAUCCCGGCGAGUUAUCCAUUUUCGCUCAGGAGGUAGUUUUGCUCGCUCCCUGUUUGCACCAGAUUCCCUCCGAGCACUACGGGUUCAAGGAUCAAGAAGAGCGUUACCGUAACCGUCAUCUUGAUUUGAUCAUGAACAAAAGCACUGUCCAGACCUUCAAAACUCGAUCACGUAUCGUCAAAUACAUUCGCAACUACCUCGAUAGCAACGGUUUCUACGAAGUCGAGACACCGAUUCUCCUGAAGAACGCCGGUGGUGCGACGGCCAAGCCUUUCUACACUGAACACAACGAUCUCAAGAUGACCCUUGCCCUGCGUAUAGCUACAGAACUGCCUCUCAAGCAGCUUGUCGUGGGAGGAAUCAACCGUGUAUAUGAAAUAGGUCGCCAAUUCCGUAAUGAAGGUAUCGAUCUUACGCACAACCCCGAAUUCACGACUUGCGAAUACUAUGAAGCUUUCGCCGACGUCUACGAUGUCAUGGACAGAACUGAGGAGCUGGUGGAGGGCAUGGUGAAGGAAGUCUGUGGCUCACUACAGACCAAGUUCAACACUCAAACAGGCGAGGUUUAUGAAGUCAAUUGGGCCAAGCCUUGGAAGCGCAUCGAGAUGAUUCCAGCGCUUGAGGAAGCCUGCGGCGAAAAGUUCCCUCCUGGAGAUGAACUUCACACCGAUGCAACCAACGAGUUCCUCAAGCGUAUGCUCAAGAAGACCGGCGUCGACUGCACGCCGCCGCUCACCAACGCUCGCAUGCUGGACAAGAUGGUCGGAGAGUUCAUUGAGGAAAAAUGUAUCAACCCUACGUUCAUCACUGGUCACCCUCAAAUGAUGAGCCCGUUGGCAAAGUACCACCGCGAAAAUACCGGUCUGUGCGAACGGUUCGAGGCGUUCGUCUGUAAAAAGGAAAUCGUCAACGCAUACACAGAGUUGAACGAUCCCUUUGACCAACGUUUGCGAUUUGAGGAGCAAGCUCGACAGAAAGCUCAAGGUGAUGACGAAGCGCAGGUCUUGGACGAGACAUUCUUGACUGCCAUCGAGUAUGGUCUCCCACCCACUGGUGGAUGGGGUAUGGGUAUCGAUCGGAUGGUCAUGUUCCUUGCCAACCACUACAGCAUCAAGGAAGUUUUGACUUUCCCAAUGAUGAAGCCUGAUGCCAAUGCGGCGGAGCAUCCCAAAGCUGCAGAAGUCACUGGUGUGGAGCCGCUUCAAGCAGAGGGAAUCCGUAAGUGA